AUGCGAUUUCUCGGGGAAGUAGCGGAGUCACCUUUUCUGAUUUCACGGCUAAAUCCUAAUUCGGCGGCCAAAGGAUAUGGAGGCGGCGGGUUUAUCGUCGGAUGGGUCGAUAGGUGCCAUGGAUUCCUUCAUAACACGGUUCUCGUCGCGGCUUCUCUCUUCUUUGUCGCCUACUUAGCUUACGAGGCGAAGAAGAGCUUCUCUAAACUCUCGAAUCGGAGAUCUUACAUCAUGAUCGCCUACUAUGGCUGUCUUUGGCUCGUUAGCUUGCUCAAUCUUGCUUGGUGCUGCCUCCAGGGUUGGGAAUGCACUCCUGGGAAAGAAGUAGCUUGGAAUCUAUUAACUUUGUUCACAACAUCUGGAAUGUUGUUCCUGGAAGUAAGCUUGGUGGCUUUUCUCUUCCAAGGAAACUAUGCAAGCGGUGCACAAGCAUUAACUAGAACUUUCCUAAUCUCAGGGUUUAUCAUUGGCCUCGAUUUGCUUCUCAAGGCAAUUUAUCUCUUUGGGUUUGGCGUGCCGUUGUUUAUUGACAACAAUGAAAAUGAACAAAAGUUCAAAUGGGGAUUAUGGGUCAUUCACAAGCUCCUACUCACUGGCGUUUAUGGAAUAAUAUUCUUGAUGUACAACUCUAGGUGGAGAGAAAGAUUACCCGCAAGGCCUGCAUUCUACAAGUACAUAACCAUCAUGUUCGCCUUGUACGGACUUUACCUAGUUGCAUCUGCGUUUACUGCACAUGGUGCUCAUUUUGGAUUCUGGUUAUACGGAAUCAUGAGUGUCUGCUACCACUCGCUAUACCUUCCUCUUCUUUACAUUACUUUUCUCGCAGACUUUUUCCAGGAAGAAGAUCUGAACUUGGAGAAUGUAUACUACUCAGAGAUGAAGGAUGCUGGAUUUUUCGAUGCUGAUUGGGAAUAG